GAAGUUCCCUCUCAAAAACGCGUCAUCUAUAUUCCGAUUGGCUCUAUUAUAUACAACCAAGUGUACUCUGAUUUAAAUAGUGGCCCUUAAUGAAACAAAAGCUGGUUGGAGAGGGCACUGUCAUCGAAUUGAGAGCUUCGUUGUAACUUAAAUAUUUGACAAGAGAAUCUCAAUUAGAUAACUCGUCUUUGCAGCUUGUGAUCCCAAAGUGCCACUACAUUUAAAUAGAAGUAUACUCUGUUUAUGUUUGUGGAUGUGUGGGGGUGGAGUGGUGGUGGAUUUCGAGUGCGAGAGGAGGCUGUAUACGUGAUGAUCAGUCCCUUGUUGAGCAUGACCAGUAAAACUAGUAGUUUGAAAGCUCUUCUUUUGAGGGCAUGGAGAGAACGUUGGUCAGAUCUGCAAUGGGGCAUCCACAUCAAAACUAUUUUACCUCGUGGUGUUAGUGGAGAUGUGUACAAUUUGGCUGACUGCAUUUUACAACAAGCUUUAGUUGGUCCUGGCCCUAAUCACUUGGUAGUUUCCUACCUUAAGCAUUCUCUCAGCUCUCAGCUUGUGUCAUAUGCAGCUGUGCUACAAAGAAUAAGCAAAUAUGACAGUUUUCAUAAACCUCAUUGUAUAGUGAGUCUUCUUGAAUUUUUGGAUACAAUCCAGGGUGGUAUAACAUGCCGUGGUAAACCUGAAGAAGGAUUGUUAGCUGGAGCUGUAUUGUCCAUUGUUCAGUGGCUUCUUACCUGUGUCCAACAAGCUUUAAUAAACAUGGAACAGAUAUGCAGUGGUAGUGUAGAAUAUUUGGCAAUGUUAGAGAAACCAAGUGCUAUAUUGCGAGACAUGUUGGGAUGUGAUUUUAUGGUUGCAAUGCUGUGUUUGGCUCGCCAUGAGAGUAGUGGAAUGUUUCAUGAAGUGGUAAAAAAAUGCCAGGAAAUAGAGGGUUUAUUGAGUGAAAAUGUGAAAUAUCAACCUACUAUUCCCAUUGGUGAUUCAAUGAGAAAGUUAUGUCGCUUGGAGAAUGACUGUGAGUGGGGGAAACUGGGAUUGGAGACAGGAGUUGAUCAAAGUGAACCUGUUACAUACUGCCUGCAAGCAUUGCUUGCUAUUGAAGUUUUACUCAACCCAAGUUCAGACACACAGGUUUUUGUUAAUCAGAUGUUGAUGGUGAAAAGGCUUAAGGGGUAUAGUAUGGCAAGAUUAUAUUCAGAAAUAAUGCGAGCCUGUCUCAUUAGCCUAAAUGAUGUACUAGGAAGAAGUGAAGAAUCUCAAUGGGGGGCUUUUACAUUUCUUAAAGUACCUCACAUUCUUCGUCAACUGCAUUUUACAGAUAAAGGAAUUCAAGAAAUGCAGGAAAAGAAUGGAGACUUUUCUCAGGAUGUUGUGGAUGCAUUUGAAUUGUUGUUGCAACAUACGCCUUUGCUUGAUACAAUGGAUGCAAAAUGUUCAUGCAACUGUGUAGAGUGUCUUUUGAAAGAGCUUCUGAAAGUCAAACUUGUUACUGAGGCACAUGUGAACCAUUACACUAGCAAGAGAGAGGGAAUGGCUACAUCUAUCCAGAAGCUUGACCAAUCAGUUUCACAAACUGCUUCAAUUCCAAAAGUCAUUGUUCGGGCAGAGCCUACACUCUCUAAAAUAUUAAAAACUUUAGAUGCUGACUAUGUGAAAAUUCAAGAGGCGUUGCUUGGAGUGUUAUGUCAAGUAUUAACUGGAAAGAGUUUUGAACUUAUCAUGGCUGUUGCUGCUGUUGAAGGCAAAUUACGAACAUUUGUCACAAAACUUAUUAAAUUUAAUGAAUGUAGCAAACAAAUAGUUGGGGAAGUUGGCAAAGCAUCCCAAACUCGUGCUAUGCUUUUUGAUAUUUCAUUUUUGAUGUUGUGCUCAAUUGUACAUACUUAUGGUACAGAGGUGGUUCUAUCAGAAGAAAACAGUGGAGAUUCGUUUUUUGAACAGUGGGUUCGUGAAUGCAUGGUAGAACGUGGCCGGACUAAAUCCCCUGAUCAGAUGCUCCUUCACUGUGAUCCUGCGAGAGUUGAUGCAUUACUCACACAAUUCAAUUCAGCUGAUGGAGAUUUCAAAACAAGUCAAGUGAAGUGGCAUGAAGUUUGCUUGAACAUUCCUGCUGCAAUAAAGGAAGUGUUACUGGCUUGGGAACAUGGUUCACUUACAGCAACUGAUGUAAAACGAAUUCUUGAUGCUAUGCGUUCCCGCAUGUGUUGCCUUCCUGUGUGUGCUGCUGCUUGGCUUUGUAGCUACAUGCAGAUUCUUCAUCAAGAUGCCUUGUUGAAACCAAUGAACAUGGUUCAACAGUUUUUAACUCCCUUAAACAAUGGUGAAGUAGCACAGCAAGAUAAUUUUAAAGAAAGAUCAGGACUAAUGCUGCAAAUUAUUCAUAAAAUGCAAUAUAAUGUGAUGCCUCCUCCCCAAUCAAAGGCCAAAGUGUUAACAGUAUCACAUAAAAUAAUUGCCCGAACACCUAUUAGUACCCAACUUGAGAGUGUAUGGCAGGGAAUUCAGCAAAGAGGCUGGGUCCAUAUUGAAGCCACUCAUUCUCUGGAGAGUCUUCUUCUUGCUGCCGGCCCUGAGUGGUUUGUAAUAAAUCUUGUUCAGGAAGAGUUAGAUCGGUCUGUGGAUCUUGCACUUGGUGUUUUACAUCUCAAUAUUGAGCCAUGUACAUUGGCACUUUUGCUUACUGUCCUCCCUCAGUACUUACAUAACAAAUUGCUAAGCGAUGAGUUGGUGGAACCUCAGGCUUCUGCUUUAGCAAAACUGUGUGCUUAUUGCAUAUUUGCUGCUCUGGAACACCAGAACAAUACUGCCACAAGUUCAAGACCAAGCCGUAAGAGAUCACGUCGUGAUAUGGAAGGAGAGGAUUUGGAAAGUUUGUGCUCUACUAACAAGAUAGCACGUCUUGGAGAAGCAGGUGAUGCUGCUGAUCUUGUAUUUGGCUCAACCACAGCAUCUUCUGCUAACCCUGCAGGAGCAUCAACCCUCAGUUCUCAGUCAGGAAGCAAGCCUCCAGUCCCUCCAGUGAGGGAGCCCCUCCAAAGUGCUCUAGUGACAGUGUUCAAGAACUUGUCCUUGAUAACAAGCAGAGAUGGUGAAGUGUCACAACAGACACAUUUUACUUGUCGCUUUCUUCAGUAUUUAGUGCGAUGUGGGGGGAACAGGACUGGUCCAGUACUACAAGCAAUGCCUAGUACUCUGGUACCAAGCCUAUUACGUGCAUUACCAGAUCUUUUUAGUACUGAUCUUCUGUUACGUUUGUAUGAUCUUGACACUCCUGUUGGCAGGAAAGCUACUGCAAGGGAUUUGUGUAUGUUACGCAACAUGGCACUCAAGCAAAUGAAAGACUGCACCUAACAUGAAGGGAGAGAUUCAGAAAUGAAGGAAAUGCUCACAUACUAUGUCUAACAUAAAGUCUGAUUAUUCUGUUGUAUGCAACUGUUUUGCAUAUUGAAGUAUGAAGCUUCAUAAACCAGAGAGUAUUUUUUUCAGGUUUUUGUAAAUGUGUUCAAUGAAUGAAGAAAUUUUGGUCCAAGAGCAAUAGCUGCAAAGUGUGCUCAUCAGUUUUAUAAGUGACAUUGAUUUUCCCAUUUUUUUCUUUUUAAUAUGUCUGGGUUUCUGAAGGAUAAAACAUGAAAGCAUUUCAAGAUAAUGAAAAGCAUUAAUUGGAGUGGUUACUAAAUGUUUUCCAAUUUAAAGGGAAAUAAUACAUAAUUUGUUUGCUUUUUACAACGUGAUUUUUUGUGCUGAAAUGGAAAUCAUAUCAAUGGUUUAAUAUGAAAGUAUUUUAAAAUAUUUUUUGUACAGUAUUUUUAAGUGUGCAUGAGGUUUUGUGUAUAUAAAUUAUUUUGUGUGAUUGUUGAACAAAUUAAAUGAUAUGAUCAAAUUGAUAUUUAUUAAUACAAAUAUAUACAGGAAAUUUUAAAUAUGAGUGCAAUGUUGAUUUUUUAAUGUUUUCUGUGAUUGUAGUAGAAUCUAUUUCACUAAGGAAAUCACUACAUAUUUUUUGGAAACUCUUUAAUAGCCACUAACAUGAGAGCAACGUCCAGACUGAAACCUUGAGAUCUCCUGUUCCUUUUUAUUAUUUUUUUCCCCACUUUCUUUCUCAAUAUUCAAUUUUUAAAUUAUUAUUUAUGACGUGCAGAGUUUUCGCACAUAUCCAGAUUAUAUAAAUUUAUUUAUAACGAAAUAAAAAUAAAUACUCAGGAAAGGGAAAAGACAACCUUCUCUCUAUUCUAAAACAACUACAGAUGGCGCAGCAAUUGAAUAAAUGUUCAAAAGAAAUUCACAAUAAGUAUUUUGUGAUUUCUUAGGCCUGCUCUCAUUCAUUUUCCCACAUGUUCCUCACUUAUUAGCUGUUCUAGAACUAGUUUCUUAUAAAAUGCCAAAAACGUUUAUGUUUCCUUAACAUUUGAUAUAAAAGAUUAUAAAGCUUUAAAAAUAUGAUAAUUAGUAACUGAACUCCAUGGUCAAAAAAAUUACUGGGUGCUACAAUGAUGUGGACAAAUGUAUAAUAAAUACUAAAAUGUACAGAACUAUUGCAGUCAUUUUUAAAGUUCACAUUUUCAAAAUCAGGAAAUGGGUAGUAACAGGCCAGUUCUUGAAAAUUCACAAUUGGUGUUUAGAGAUAUUUUUCGUUCCUUUUCCAGGUACCUAAA